CUCUACAUUUGUAAAGUCUCUUGUAUAAGAUCUUAUUAUUCACAUUAAUUGCUUGAUUAACUGUGCCACUGUUAAGAGAUCUUUCACAAUGUCUGUCUUGAACAGUAAAAAUAAAGAAAUUAAUACAUAAAGAACUCAUUAUCCAUGCUUAAAAUCUAAUGAACCAAUGCCCAAGACUGUUGUUGUUAUUUUGAGAAUAAAGGUUAUAAAAGCAGAAACAACAGCACAAGGAAAGCAGAAGUUUCAAGCAAAUUUAAUGUUUAUCUCAAGGAUAAUAUAAGACUAAUAACGUUUAUUCCAAGGAUAAUACAAAAAGAAAACCCCAUCAAAACUGAUUUAUACAUUACUAAAAUAAUAUAAAAAUUACCAAUGGAGGCUUUCAAUACUCAUGGUCUCGUUAACAGAAUAGUGGAUAGAUUGCCAUCAAAACAGCUUUUGGUUCGUUAUAAUAAUGUAGAAAUUGAACCAGGAAUGACAAUUACACCCUCUCAAUCAAGAAAUCCACCUCAAAUAUUAUUUGAUUCCCACCCAAGAGAGUAUUAUACACUCAUAAUGAACGAUCCAGAUUCUCCGAGUCGAAAUGAUCCCAAGUUUAGUGAGUUUAACCAUUGGCUUGUGGUCAAUAUCCGUGAAGGGGAUGUCUCUAAAGGGGAGACGAUGUCUGAAUAUGUUGGACCACUGCCGGCAAAAGGUUCAGGCCAUCACCGUUACGUAUUCAUGUUGUACAAACAACCUAAUGGCAGAAUGGACUUUCCUGGACUGAAAAAGUUAACAAACAACAGUGCAGAAGGUAGACCUAACCACAGGAUGAGAGAUUUUGCUCGGAAAUACUACCUGCAGGAUGCAAUCUAUGGAAACUUCUUUCAGGCUGAAUGGGAUGAAAGUGUACCCAAGCUACAGCAACAGAUCAAAAUGCAAACCUAAAUAUUGAUUUGAUAUAAAAACAGUCGAAAGAACAUUAUAUUGAGUUGUGUUGCUAACGAAAAAAAUACUAAAAGAAAUUUUAAUGAUUUUUAAGCUACUAAAAUAUAUUUUGCUCAUUAUAAAUGUCACAGGAAACACUAUACAAUAAAGAGAAAUAUGUUUUGAAGUAAGAA